AUGGGUAAUUGUAUUGGAAAAAAAUCAUAUAAAAGUCAAGAUCAUCACAAGGAUCUAAGAAAAUUAUCACCAUGUUUUAUUCGAACAAGUAAAUUGUACAAAACAAAUCCAAAUAGUUUAUUAUCACGAAAGAAACAACUCAUAGAGAAUUAUAAUGAGCAUACUGUUCAAAAGAAACCUAAUAGGAUGGAACAAAAUCAAACGUAUAUAGUAUUGCCAUGUCCAUCGCCAUCUUCAUUACCACCAACAUCGCCAAUGACAUAUAUUCUGCCAGAUGAGGUCGACUAUUAUACAGAGAAUUAUUUUAAUUAUUCAAAUGUAAAAGAAACGGAUAUUUUGAGUGAUGAUGAUUUAGUAGAAGAGGCAUCACCAAUUAUACAAUCACCAUCAUUAUCACCAUCAUCAUCAUCAUCAUUAUUAUCAUCAUCAUUUAAUCGAGAUCAAACGAUUGAAAAUCGAAAUAUUGCAAAAAUUCGACAUUCACCUUCGCCACCUCUACCAUGUUCAAAAAGGUUUAAAAAAAUCGAUAUAACAACUACAUUCAAUGACAACUAUUACGUAUUUAAUCCAACAAUAAAUCUAACAUCAGUAACGUUUAUCACGCAAGAUGAUAAAUAUUUAACGUCAUCGGUAUUCAAUAAUAACUAUCAUUAUCAUCCAUCUAACGAUAUAGUUCAAAAUAAUGAUGACAUUUUAUGCUCAUCAUCGCAUUUGAUUGAAUCAACCGCUACCACGUUGUUAAAUAACAUAAAUAGUUUAAACGAUAGUUAUACGUCCGAGUCGUCUUCUAAAAUCAAUAUGGGACAGUUAAUCAGUAAAUUUAAUAAUAACAAUGGCAAUGUUGAAAAUGAAAUAGAAUGUUUGAUUAGACAUGAUGAUAAGAUUAUUAAUGCAACAAUAUUCAAUGAAAAAGAAGAAAAAAAUCAAAUUUUCAAGGAUAUUGAACUAAAAGAAGAAGAUGAGAUACUUGUUGAGAAUGACCAAAAAGAUAUGCAAGAUGAAAAUAAAUGUGACGAUACAAUCCCUAUGUUACAUGAUAAUCAUAUAACUAUGAAUGAUGUUACUACAACUACAACCGAAUCAAUUGGCAAUGAUAAUACGGAUAAUUUGACUAGUGAUGAGUCUAAUAAUCAAUUUAUUCAUCAAAAUACUCAAGAAAUUGAUCUUGAUAAUAAUGUUUGUAAAAUUUCAGAAGAACAGGAAAAACCCGUGAUUUUGACAAUAGAAGAGCAAACUCGGUAUUAUACCACAGAAAUAGACAAUGAAAAUCUCAAAAAGCUUUCUCUAAAUGAAAUGGACAACGAGCAAACAUCAAUCGAUACAUGUUUCACGGAACAAUCAUCUGAACAGCCAUCAUCUCCUUCUACCUCAAAUUCAUCUCUAUCAUCACAAUUAUCCUUCUCAUCUACUGAAUUAGUCGUUUCAUCUAGAUCAUCAUCUUCACCAUGUUCAAUAUCACCUAAAAACCGACGAAAUUAUACAAAAAAUCAUUAUUCAACAAAUUUGUUAUCCUUAAUAAAUUGCCAACAAACCUAUUUAUCGAACAAUAACCAAUUUUUAUCAUCUCAUAUAUAUUUACCUUGCAUCGUUUCAUCACAUCAACAAUCACAACAACGUGGUGAACAAAUAAAUAUAAUGCAUGAUAUUCAUCAAUAUAUUGAUGUUGAUGAAUGUUAUACAUUAAGUUCAAUUGUUGAUGAUAUCAUACAACAACAAAUACAACAAAACUCGAGACAAUUUAUAAGAAUUCAUAGACGAAAAAAAACCGUUUUAGUUGGACAUAAAAAGUUAGAAGCGACUCCUAUUAGGUACGUGUGA